UGGUGGGUAACCUGUUCGCUCUGUGGGUCUUCCUUUUCCUGCAUUCCAGUCGCAAUUCAGUCCAGGUGUUCCUCAUCAACUGCGCCAUAGCCGAUCUGGUCCUGUUGGCGUGCCUACCCUUCAGGGUCUUCUACCAUGUCAAUGGAGACAAGUGGGUGCUGGGAUCUGUAACUUGUAAUCUGGUGGGAAGUGUCUUUUACAUGAACAUGUACAUGAGUAUAGUGUUACUGGGAYUCAUCAGUCUGGAUCGCUAUUUGAGGCUGAGUGGGAAAGGCAGAUCCCGGAGGGGCAUGCGGCUCAGGCUGCUGGGAYGCAGACAGCCAUGGAGCUGGGUGGCUUGUGGCAUUUUGUGGACUUUGUCUCUAACAAUGAUUCUGAUUAUCAUCUCCACGCCAGGGGAUAAAAAUUUUAAUGGCAAAUGUUUUCACUACCGGCAAAAAAUUAACUGGAAAGCCUACUUUAACUUUCUASUAGUKUUGCUGUUCUGGCUCAUCUUCAUURUCCUUGUGGUUUCCUAUGCAAAAAUUGCUUCUCUGCUGUUUCAUGUGUCCAAAAACAAGCCGGACUUUCCCAAUGCAAACAAAUAUAAACAAACUGCCAAGAAGUCCUUCUUUGUUCUGUUUGUCUUYAUGAUCUGUUUUGUGCCCUACCACACCUUUCGCCCUUUCUACAUCUACACCCAGCUUGGCUAUGUUAAGUCCUGUGCUCAGUUGCAAAUGGUGGACCACACCAACGAGAUUAUGCUUCUAAUCUCRGUCCUGAACAGCUGUCUGGAUCCCAUCAUGUUUUUUCUGUUGUCUGGAUCGGUGCGCAAAAUGACGCUCAAUGUUGUCGGACAGCGUUUGGGCACCCRCUUCGCCGUCUUCAACGAGGCAACAUGGAACAGCUCUACGAUGGAGUACAGACGUCCGUCCACGCCGUUACCCGAACACAUCCUCAUCAACAACCCUUCACUCACACCCAGCACCAGUUUCUGUGCUGUCAACUCAAACCACUGCCGCACUGGAGUGACUCUACUUCCAUCUGCUGGCCAACAGUCAAGCUUGUUAAACUGAAUGUCAAAUGUGCAUGAACUGAAAGCAACAAACACCUGACUGGUUUAUCAAAGCUUUUAUGAAACGAGGUACAUAUUCACCUUCAUUUGUUAAAUGUAUGAAAUGUUUCUACCUUCCUGCUACAUUAAAUUCUGAACAUUUGUGCCUGAUGAUGGCUGUUUAAGCUCUCAUGUCUGAAGAGAACACAAUUAUGUAAAAUUUCAAACACAAACUGUAUUAAAUCAUUUUUUAAUCAUGUUUUAUUAAUGUAAUCAUCUUGUUGGGAUGAAGGAAAAUAGAGGUUAAAUUUGGCACUUAAACAAAWACACUAGGCCAAGCCAAACAAUCGCUAAGGUUAAUCAAACCUUGUGCCUUAAUCGGUUUAGGAAAAACUAACAUUAUCGUAAUUGUUCUGAUUCAAUUUAAUUCAGUUAUAAACCAGACUGAGUUAAUAUAUUUGGUAACUCAGAUUUAAUUAUUCAGGUGGAGUUUGGUUAAAUCAAGCUGAAUCUGGCAGUCAGAACUCCCAGAAAAAGGAAUUUAUUAUUUUUAGAAAACUGUAUGAAAUGCAACACUUUUUGAAUAAAGACUGACAAUGUACUGUUUUACAAACUAGGCACAGUUUCAGAAGGUUGGAUCAAAAUUAUUAUAAUUGUUGCGUAAACACAACUUAAAAAAUAUCAAGUGGAUAUCAACAUGAGACCAUCAGAGGUACAGCCCAGUUUGAACCACAGGGAGGUAAAGUGAGAGAGACCAGACUGAGAUGGUACUUUGGACAUGUCCAGAGGAGGGACAGUGGGUAUAUUGUUAGAAGGAUGUUAGUGAUGCAGCUGCCAGGAAAAAGACAAAUGAGGAGAUACAUGGAUGCAGUUAGAGAAGAUAUGGAGGUAGCUGAAGUGAGGACAAAGURAUAUGGAGGAYGACUCAUUGUGGUGACCGCUGAACAGGGAACAGCCAAAAGAAAAAGAUCACCAGGAGAGAUGUGUAGUGAACAUCUUUCAGCAUGUAGAAUGUGUGGAAAAUGAUUGUAUGCUGGGGAAAGUUUGUAACUGUAUGUGGCUUAUGUGUAAAUAUUAGUGCUGGGCAUAGAUUCAAAUUUUCAAUCGCAAUUAAUCUCGAGAUAUUUUUUUAGAAACGAUCACUCUACUGUGAAGGAACGUGUAGGUUUGUAUGUUGCAAUACACUCCAUGUGUGACAGUUUUUUUCCUUUUGCUUUUCUUUUUAUCCUUUCUAAAUUAUUUAAUUAAUUAWUUUUUUGGCUGACAACUGUGACUGCUCCAAUGGUGAGACAGUUCAGCGUUCAGUAAAGUUUUAAAAUAAAAAAUGCCCUGAAGAAUCAGGUGACUUCUGCCAUGUUUCUACCCCGGCUGCAGCUCGACUGGGUUCAUGAGAGCGGUUGAGAGUUGCCAUGCGACGCCUCAACAACAAAGGCUCUCACUGGAUGAGACGCAGGACGAAGGCCAUCUAAAGCAAGGGUUCUUAUAACCUUUUUGACAAGCAGGGGUU